GCUCAGCUGGGGCCUCUGGCAGCCUCUCGGGAGGCGAUGCCAUGAGCGAGAGGAGACUUGGUCCCUACAAGAUUGUCAUCUUGGGAGAGGGCCGCGUGGGCAAGACCUCAUUGUUGCGACGCUAUGUCUCGCAAUCCUUCAACGAUGAGGAGGCAUCAACCCAGAGCGCUGCCUACCUAGACAAGACGGUGCAGCUUCGUGGGACUCAGGUGCAACUGUCACUGUGGGACACGGCUGGCCAGGAGCGAUACCAUGCCCUGGCGCCGAUCUACUAUCGAAAUGCUGACGGUGCUCUGCUGGUGUACGACAUAACAGAUGUUGGACCGCCAGCCCCACAAAAAACAAGGCGGGUGGCCAAGUGGGUGGAGGAGCUCCAAGUGGCCGGCACGCAGUGCGCGCUGGCCAUCGUGGGCAACAAGUCGGACUUGCAGUCACAGGCCCGUGUCCCCAAAGCCGAUGCAGAGGCCUAUGCCAGGAGCAUCAAUGCCAGACACAGCAUGGCGUCUGCAAAGCUCGGCCAUGGAGUUGAGGAAGCGUUUGGUGCGCUGGCCGAAGAUGUUCUGGCUUCGAAGAUGCGAGGCGAUUCGACUCGAAGAACACGAGGAACACUUCGUGUGGCUGAGGAUGCGGCUCCUUCGCGGAAGGGCUGUUGUGCAGGCUGAUCCCCUCUCGAGUGUUGGCGGCAGGUGAGCAUGCAGCUGAGGCAAAUCCAAAGUUUCACCCGAAGCGCAAGUGGCGCAGACGCAGAAAGCCCGCGAAGUAUGC